UUCUCCCAAAAGAAAAAAAACAAGCAAUUAAGUGGUCUCUCGUGGCCGACACGCCGUGGGCUAUGACUCUCUGAAUGACCUGUUUUCUUCUGCUAAACCCUGGAGAGCUAAAGGCCUAAAACCGCAACCAAAUUUGCCAUUCGCAGAGUUCUAUUACAUACUUGGAUUGCUACUUAGUCUCAGUAAAAAGGAAGAAUAAAGAAAUGGGUCACAAUAAACCCAGGCGGUUCAAGAACCAUCAAUCCCAUCGUGGGCAAUCCAGUCGGAGCAGCCAUCGUCAACUGCCACCUGACGAUGAGUCCCUACCAUGUGAGCAAGCACCAGAAGACGAGAUAGCAGGUCCCAAAAUCCAGCUCGCAAUGUGGGAUUUCGGGCAAUGUGAUGCGAAAAGGUGCACAGGCCGCAAGCUUUCAAGAUUUGGCUUGUUAAAAGAGUUGCGUGUGAAUAAUGGUUUUGGAGGCAUUGUUUUAAGUCCAGUUGGGAUGCAAUGUGUUUCAAGAGAAGAUUCUAACUUAGUGAAGCAAAAAGGAUUAGCUGUUGUGGAUUGCUCAUGGGCACGCUUAGAUGAUGUACCAUUUGUGAAGCUGCGUUGUACUGCUCCUCGACUCUUGCCAUGGCUGGUAGCAGCAAAUCCAGUGAAUUAUGGUCGGCCAUGUCAGCUCUCUUGUGUGGAGGCCUUAUCUGCGGCUUUACUCAUAUGUGGGGAAGAGGAAACUGCACAUCUUCUGCUUGGGAAAUUUAAAUGGGGUCACGCUUUCCUGUCUCUCAACAGAGAACUUCUUAAGGCAUACUCUGGAUGUCAAAAUAGUGCUGAUGUUAUUUCAGUCCAAAAUGAUUGGCUUUCACAACAAAAUCAGGUGCCAAAGGGUCCCACAGAAGUACAAGCUGCUACAGGAAAAGAGAUUUCAUCUCACAAUGAAGAUGAGGGCUCUUCUGAUUCAGAAGAUGGGCUUCCACCGCUCGAAAAGAACAUGAAUCAUUUGAAGUUGCAGGAGACUGAUGAAGAGAGUGAAGAAAGUGAGUAGACACCAUUAUAUUAUUUCGUAUGAACAGGGUGAGAAGCAACAGCAAUGGCAAGCCUUCUUCGCAACAGCAACAGAUGGUUAGCUUUGUCAAGUUUUGAUAUGGGCCUUUUCAUGUAUUUUCGCUUAGAAAAUGAUUUGAGUCAUUAGCAGGACCCCCUCCCCAUCUUUCCAAUAAUAUAUAUAUAUAUAUAUAUAUAUUUCUUUCCUGUUUUAUUUUA